AUGAACACCCGUAACACGCGCGCUCGCGUGAAAUCCUUCAUUAGCCACGACUCGUGCUUCUGCUCGCGGGCUGCUGAGCCACCAGGUGGCAGUAUAGGCUGGCCUCUGUCUGCAAUCAUAGGUUCGUAUGGAGAGGAGCUGAGCGGCGCAGCUGUUGCUAUGUGUGAGGGAAACUCAGACGUCGACUUAACCAGAGCCAAACAGAAUACUGGAGUCUGGCUGGUGAAGGUUCCCAAGUAUCUUUCACAGCAAUGGGGGAAAGCAUCUGGACGAGAAGUUGGCAAGCUUAAAAUAACUAAAAAUCAAGGAAAAACAAUGGUGUCAUUCAGUCUGAGUGAGGAGCUGACCAUGGUUGAAAGCAAAGGGGAGAAGGCAUCAUCCGUGCAAGUGCCUCGAGAGCACCCCUUCACCAUGCAGAGUGUGGGAGGCCAGACCGUGGCUGUCUUCUCUGAGGGCUCCUCAGACCAGAUCACACUUGAAGGCCUAGUGGUCCAGCGUGCCGAGUGCAAACCUGCAGUGCAGGAGAGCUACAUGAAGUUAAAGAGACUGCAGAUUGAGGAAUCUACCAAGCCCCUCCGACUGUCUCAGCAGCUAGAGAAAGCAGUGACUACCAAUUAUAAACCUGUGUCCAACCACAACUAUAAUGUGGAAUAUGAAAAGAAGAAGAAAGAGGAAGGUAAAAGAGCCAGGGCUGACAAGCAGAAGGUUCUGGAAAUGCUCUUCUCUGCUUUUGAGAAGCACCAGUACUACAACAUUAAGGACCUGGUGGAGAUCACUAAGCAGCCAGUGAUAUACCUGAAAGAAAUUCUACGUGAAAUCGGAGUUUAUAAUUCAAGAGGGCCCCACAAAAGCACCUGGGAGUUAAAACCAGAAUACAGCCAUUAUCAGGAAGGUGAGGAAGAGCGAGGGGGCACAGAAUAACCUGACAUGGCUUCUGUUUCACAAAUUUUGCACUAAUUUCUUGCACUUUUUUUUUGUAAAAUAGUUAAUUUGUCACUCAGGAUAAAACUUGUUUUCAGGCAACAGAUGUCAUUUGG